GAGUCAAGGUCAAUAAUAUUACGUCUUCAUUCUUUCGUUUUAUAGGUAUAAUUAUAUUGUAGCUGAUCGAACCGCUGUUGCUCGACGAUAGUACUUCUUUUAGGGUUCAUAAAAAGUCUUGUAAAAGUAGAAUAAAAUUCGGACUGUCGCUGGCCGGAGGCUAUACUAUUCGUGUGUUUUUCGUCCGUAAUAUUUUUGAACAGUGAACACAUCUAUUUCACAGAAUACCUGAAGAAACAUGAGCGUGCUUCUGUUCAUCCCAAAUAUACUUGGUUACAUACGAAUCGUACUUCUGUUUCAAGCAUGUUAUUUUAUGAAAACUAAUUGUGAGCUAACUCUUCUGACGUACAUCAUUUCGUGUCUAUUGGAUGCCGUAGAUGGUUGUGCUGCACGCGCGCUAAACCAAAGUACGAAAUUUGGUGCUAUGUUGGACAUGAUUGUUGACCGAUGCUCGACAAUGUGUUUAUUGGCUUGUCUUACUUAUUUUUAUCCAUCAUACAUGCUUUUUUUUCAAUUCAGUAUGAUUGUGGACAUAGCUAGCCAUUGGUUACAUUUACACAGUUCUGUUUUAUCGGGAAAAUCAAGUCAUAAAUUUAUAGAUCUUAAAGCAAAUCGAUUUCUCAAAUUGUACUAUACAAAUAGGGUCAUUCUUUUCUUGAUGUGUGCAGGAAAUGAGCUUUUCUAUACAACGCUCUAUAUAUACCAUUUCUAUACUGGACCAAAAAUAUUUGCUUCGGGAUUAUGGGGCAUAGUGAUUUGUUUAACAGCACCAAUAGCAUUUCUGAAAAUGUUGAUUAGCCUCAUUCAGCUUCAUGCAGCUUGUAUGAAUAUGGUUUCACUGGAUGAACUAGAAAGAUCUCAGAAUAAAGCAGAUUAGUUACGUCUGCUGUUGUUAAUUCGAAAGAACGAGGUAUAUAUGUAUGACUAAAUAAAUACUAUUCCAGUUAAUAUAUGUCUAUAACAUUCCGUGUUUGAACUAACCUGAGUAAUUUUUAAGUACAUUAUUUUGUGUUGUAAGUCCCCUUGUAAUGUUUUUAUGAAUACUAAAAAGAUAACAAAUUUGUGAAACUGGUUCGAUGUUAAACUACUUUGCAUUCUCAAACUCAUUCAUACUUUCAAUCAAUAUUACAGAACUGCUUAUUUUCCCCUCGUAUAUUUGCUCUUACUGUUUGCUUGUUAUUUGCGUUGUUUUUAUUUUUGCAUUUCCUAUUUAUCUAUCAUCAGGUUAAUUCUAUUUUCUCUAAACUUUUGAACACAUUAACUAUACUAUUAUUUGUAAUGUAUUACACAUGUCAUACCUAAUUUCAGUUAUGAAUUUUAUUCUUCACAUAAUGUUGUGUAGUUUACAAGUUUUCUAUCUCAACAAGUGCUUUACGUUGUAUUUAAUUUUAUUGUCCGUGAUAUAUUACAGCCUAAUAUUC